AUGGAUCCUCUUUCGAUUGCCGCCUUUGCUCUGCAGAUGGUCGGAAUAGCCGGCAAGAUCGUAGAAGGCACGGGCAAGUUUGUCCAAGAGAGCAAAGCCAUUUCCUCGAGCAUCUGCGAAUUCCACGAGACCAUCCGGAAUCUACACGCCGCGCUGCGCAAUGUGGCUCGAAUCCUGAAGCAGCACCCGCAUCAGCUUUCCUUUGAGAGAGAGCAUCACCAAGAUAUUUACCAAAUCCUCAAAUCAUGCCGCUCCUCGCUUGACAGGCUGCAGAAAGAGCUACCAGAACUUGACGACAAGCCGGGUCCGAUUGAUAAAGCUAGAGCGAGCUUUACCAUGACGUUGAAGUCGGUUGUGAUUCGCGAUCUGGUCUCUCACAUUACGUCGUAUACACAAGUACUCCAACUCAGUCUGAUAACCCUGUCUCUGUACGUGAAACCCUUCAAGCAGAACCCUUUGGUGGAUCGGAUGACUGACUUUAGAAGCGGCUCAUUAUGGACUCAACAAAAGUCUCAAGACCAGGUCCAUGCCGCAAUCAGAAACUUGACCGACGAAAUUCGAGCCGCGAACCUCAUCUCACGUACGGGCAAGGGUCAACGACGACCAUCAACGGAAUGGGACGACGAAAGUGACACAAGAAUGGAUGAAUCUAUGUCUGUCACAAGAGAGAUCCAAGCCUGGCGAAUGUCGGCCGACGAAGUAGCAGCCGCAGUCACUUUGCAAAAUGCAGACCAACACCACUCGUUCUUGUCGUUCAACUCAUCGUACACUAAGUUGGCAUCGGGAAAGGACCAGGACUCUAAACAAACAUCAGGAGACGUUGACUCAGACGACUGGGACCCAGAGCCCGAACAUCCAGACGGACCAAGCAAAGACAUCCUCAGUCACCAGUACGACGCGAACCAAGAAAUAGUCGACCGCCUGGUAGACUGCGGAAUAUUUCUCCGGGCUUCGCUAUAUCAGAAGCGGGGCAUCGAGAUCCGAGAACAGCUUAGCCAGCCAGGAUACGACGUUGACUUUAGCUUUGCCGAGCAAGCUGUCAUGAAAGAGCGACUCGCCGAUAUCCUUUUAAGAAGUGAAACAGAAGAGGAAAUCACCGAGGCGAAAGGGAUUCUGCAGGACUUACUCCAAGAAGAGGUGAAGCAACCCGAGGAGUUUCGGAACAACGAACGGCGAAGUCGGCUAUACCAUGACCUGGGGAGCCUAUACAUCCGACUCGGUAAUCUAAGGCAGGCAAAGACGUUCCUAAGCCGAGCUCUUGAAGGCCGGAAGAACCAAGAACCCAUCCCGGUUGAACUGGUACAAGAGACGGCAGAUUUGUACAUCAAGGCUCUGCAACUCGACGGGGCAUUUGACGAAGCGCGCGGUGUGGAAGUCUGGGUCAACACCGUCAUCAUCCCGCUGACAAGCCGUCCUGCGUCGCCCCCUGAUCCAGACUCUGUACCAGACGCCAGGAGACCGUCCUCCAUGGGCGAGCUCUCUCAAGCCUUUCAGUGGUGUCGCGAGAACGGAUUCGACAUUGAUGUCCCGACCGGCUUCCGCUUCGACACCUGCGACUUCAUGACACGAACCUCGCCGCUCCAUAAGGCCAUCCAAGACGAAAACCUCGAGGUAUUGAGGCAAAUGGUGGGACAUGUGGUCAGUCUCGAGAACGGGGGCAACGUUGGUCUACCGACGCCCUUGCUGCUUGCCGCGUCGACCAGGAACCGCGACAGCGUUGGGCUGUUGUUGCAGACGGGCGCGCGGGCCGACGUUCGUGAUAGUGCAGGUCUGAGUCCCCUACACCGAUGUCAGAACAAAUCCGGCGGCGUCAAUGUUGCCCGACUUCUCCUCAAAGACACGCCUAACCUUUUGGAUCUCAUCGACAAUUCGGGAAAGACGGCGCUGUACAUGGCUUGCGAGAUGGGGAACGAGGCAAUGGUCCGGUUCUUGCUGGGCGAAGGAGCCGAUCCCAAUAUCUGCCAUCAGACGAAGAGAUCGCAGACGUCGUCCCCCUAUCUCAGCAACAACAAUGUGUGCACUCCCCUGAUUGCCGCGAUCCAGGUUGUAGCAACAAAAAGCUCCCGCAAAAUCGGCAUGAUCGAAGUGCUCCUUUCCCACGGCGCGGAUCCUCGCUUGACCGAUGCAAAUGGCCGGAACGCUUUCCAGGCCGCUUCCAACUGUGGACUGGCCGGAUCGGAGAUCAAGCGACUCCUUCAGCAGUAUUCGCAGACGUCGACUCGAAAGUCUAGCGACGCAUCCACGUCGACCAUCUUCACUAGGUCUUCAACUUCCAGUGACCACGCGUCUCAUGAAUCAGGCCGGCGGAGUACCCUUAUGAGAUUUUGGAGCAAGUCAGAGUCUUCUCAUUCAGGUGUUGGCUCAGUUCCGGAGGGGGGAUAA